CGUUCCGUCACACGGGCAGCAGUCACGUGCGACGACGCCGGUUCUCAACGUGCUUUACGUAACAUAUCGAUUCUCGUUGCAACUAUCGAUCGACGAUCGGUCGAUGCACAUCACUAUUAUAAAGUUUCCCGCGCAAUUUUAAUUUUCGAAUCUCAAUACGCGUGUGGUGUGUUCAAUUUUAUUUUUUAAUUUGUGUCCGAGACCUUGGAUUUUGAGUGGCCAGUGUUAUCAAGGAAAACAGGUCUUACAAGAUAUCAAGAGCUACCGCGGCCGCAAACCUCUGGGCGGCGUCCCCGGAGUCUCUGUCCCCGGCGUCCCCGGCCUGAGCCCCGGCGUGCCCGCGGCGGCGUCCCCGAGCCCCGCUCCGCAAGCCCCGGCUGCCCCCAGCCCUGCCCCUGCCACCACGCCAGCUAUGAAGCAGGAGCACCCAAGUCAGCCUAUGGUCUAUUUGUUGCAGGCUCCAAUGCCAUUCUACGCUGGCGACCCCAACAGGUUCCCUACGACUUGGCAGACAGAUCCAUCGCAAGGUUGGCAAAAUCAAUUCAUUCAACAACUGCCGACGCAAACUGGCCAGACGACACUGGACUACCAAGGCAACCACACAGCGUAUGCCACGUCACCGCACUACCAAGCGAACACCACUUACACCGUCCAGAACGUCGCCACAACCUUCGACGUCACCAACAACACGUACUACCAAACUGGAGUGCAGUCGGUACCGGCCCAAAGACCGCCUUCUAACCGCGGGGCCUACACACCAGUACCUUCACCAAGGGCACCGCACUACACCACAGAAUACCAACAACAAUACGCACAACAAGCCCCAACUCCAGGUGUCACAACUGGCAACGAUUCUCGACCAUCAUCCGCGGCAUCAUACCAAAACUCAGUGCCAACCUCCGGUGCUUCUGCCUACACCGUUAGUCAGCAAAACUAUGAAAGAUCAGAAUACUCGGAUGCUACUGAAGAGUAUUCAAAUCCUGAGAAUGGGACGGGAGACACCAGCAACGAAGGCGAGAGACAAGAACAAAACACGCCCAAUGGACAGCAUUCGGGAAACGCCGAGCCUGGAUACCUGCAGGGGAGCAACGGUCCGCGAGCUUCACUCGAUUGUAGCGGGUAUUCGGGCAACUAUACUAGCGGGCAGUAUAGAGAGAAUGGCCAAACGCAAAACCAAAACGACUGGCAGCAAAGACAGUGGCAGCAUAACCAAAGACUUCAAAACCAACAAAUGCAAAACCAACAACAAAUGCAGAACCAGCAGCAGAUACAAAGUCAACAACAAAUUCAAAAUCAACAACAAUUGCAGAACCAGCAACAAUUACAAAAUCAGCAACAAUUACAAAAUCAGCAACAAUUACAAAACCAGCAACAACUACAAAACCAGCAACAAUUACAAAAUCAACAACAACUUCAAAAUCAGCAGCAGCAGAUCCAAAACCAGCAAAUGCAAAAUCAACAACAACAAAUUCAAAAUCAACAACAGCAAAUGCAAAAUCAACAGCAACAACAACAAAUACAGAAUCAGCAGCAAAUGCAAAAUCAAAUUCAGAAUCACCAAAAUCAACAGCUGCAAAAUCAACAAAUGCAACAACAGAGGCAAGAAGAAUCAGAGCAACAAAUGUUUUCACAAUCAGAUAGGGUCAACUUGAAUUCGAGACUGAAAACAAUGAUAUUAAAUAAACAAAACCAUACUCGAGAUGGCACUAAUACGCCUCCCGAUAAAGGAGAUCCCGGAGAAGGUCCACCUCGAGGGUUAGACGAUAGGAAGGGCGGGGUAGUGUCCGUCAACGAAGACAGAAAUACUACCGGUCAUUUUUUAUCGUAUAGCCACCAUCUCCGAGAUAAUUACCGUAUAGGCGAGCAGGGUUAUCCUGUCGCUGGUAAUUAUGCACAAAACACCCAAGCUUAUAGCACGGGUGAAUUCGGAGGUGGUGGCCACCACGUAUGGGAGGGAGGGACGGAAGUCCGAAGAGGAUAUGAUAAACACGCUACAUCUAAGAACGUUUCCAAAGCUCCUCACAAAUUGCCGCCAUAUGCGGAUAUGAGAAAUCAAUUUGGCACUUUUCAUAAUGUACCAUAUGAAGCCCAAAAAUAUGCAGAAAUCUACAGCAGUGAUAAUUUUAGUCAACAAGAUAGUAAAGAUUUCCAAUCAAAAAUGCUCAUCGGACCAGUAUCGGAAAUGAAUCAACAACAAGUAUGCGCCCCUGCGCGUGACACAAACGCACAGAGAAGAUCUUAUGAGAGAGAAUCAUAUGAUGCAAAAUUUAAACAUCCAUCAGCACCAUUAUUAAUACCUAAAUUAGAAACGCCGGACCAUUAUCAGUAUCCAAAAGAUGAAAGAUUAAAAAACGAUCAACGAACGAUCAAUAAUUUGUACCCAAAACAAGGAGAAGUAAGUGCAAAUAGUGCUUACAGAGACUACCCAAAUGGCUUUGUUGCUAGACCACAACAACAAGGUGCUUCACUACCACCUAUAUCGACAAUAAAACAAGAAAAUUUCGGUAAUAAAGCGCAUAGUUUUCAAAAUUUUACACAAUAUCCCUUUGAUCAAAGACAAGAAAUACCAGAUAUGUAUAAUCAAGUUCCUAGAUUACAAGAAAAUAUGGGUUUUCAGAAAUACAGUAGAAAUGUAUGUGAUGUAAAAUCGAAUAAAGAUUCAGAUAAAAGGGGAAAUUCUGGGAAAAGCAUAUCAUCUGACCCUAAACCACCUUAUUACAUAGAACAAAUAAAAUCAGAGCAUUCACCGCCAGGCCACAAAAUUUACAAAAAUAUGAAUUAUAACCAACCACCUAGAAUUGAGCCGUACGUAUACCGUGGUGACGGCGGCCCAGUUAUUAUAAGAAAUGAAGUUGGGUAUUCUUGCUGCCGGCAAGGUUCUACAAAAAAGCCUCCACCAGAGCAUUUAAGAGAUGGAGCUUGUCCAGGAUUCCAAACCAAAGAUGAAGUUUUAGAAGAUGAUCCCGAUUCAGCAGAUAAAACAGAUCCAAAAAAUAACUCAAAGCCGAAUACACCAACGCCUGAAAUGAUGGGAAAAGAUCCUAAACAAAAUCAGUUUAAUUACUCUAAAGAAUAUUUAGAUAAUUUGGAAAGACUAAGAAAUAAUUCUAGAACUGAAGUGCCUGAUUGUAAUUGUUUUCCUGCUGAUAAGAACCCUCCGGAACCUGGCAGCUACUACACUCAUUUAGGCGCAGCAUCAUCACUAGCAGAACUAAGAAAAGAUCUAGAAGCUCGCACGGGCCUGUCGGGAAAAGAGCUGAGGAUAGAGAAGAUAUGUUACACGGGCAAAGAGGGCAAAUCACCACAAGGUUGUCCUAUGGCCAAGUGGAUAAUUCGACGCGCAAAUUACACAGAAAAGGUUUUGGUGGUUGUGAAGUUUAGAAAUGGUCACAAAUGUGCCACGUCCUGGAUAGUGGUCUGUCUGGUCGCAUGGGAGGGAAUACCGCAGUCGGAAGCGGAUUUAGAUUACACCUUGUUGUCGCACAAACUGAACAGAUAUGGUCUGCCGACCACGAGACGGUGUGCCACUAAUGAGAAUAGGACUUGUGCUUGCCAAGGUUUAGACCCAGAAACGUGCGGCGCUUCCUACAGUUUCGGCUGUUCAUGGUCCAUGUACUACAAUGGAUGCAAAUACGCCCGUUCGAAAACCGUCCGGAAAUUCCGGCUUUCAGUCAAAACUGAGGAGAGCGAGAUAGAAGAACGAAUGCACGUAUUGGCAACACUACUGAGUCCGUUGUAUAUGAAUUUGGCUCCAAAAUCCUUUGAAAACCAGUGCCAGUUUGAAAAUGAGGCUUCCGAUUGUCGGUUGGGGUUCAAGCCUGGGAGACCAUUUUCUGGUGUGACUGCUUGCAUCGACUUCUGCGCACACGCUCACCGUGACCUGCACAACAUGAACAACGGCUGCACGGCCGUCGUCACCCUGGCCAGGCACCGAGGACUCGCCAGACCCACAGAAGAGCAGUUACAUGUACUACCUCUAUACGUACUGGAUACAACGGAUGAGUUCGGCUCAAAAGACGGGCAAGAGGAGAAGGUCAAGAACGGCGCGCUCGAGAUCUUGGACAAAUAUCCGAUGGAAGUUCGCGUGCGAUCCGUACCACUACAGCCAUGCCGCCGCCACGGGAAAAAGCGGAAAGAAGAAGAAAAUUCUGAAUCCAACAACUCUUCGAACAACAGCGCGCAGAGCCCCAACAACCAAAAGAAGCCUCAGCAAAGUUCCACGCCCGGCCCGCGCACGCCGCAGCCCGACGCCCGCAACAACGCCAGCCCCCGCAGCCAAAGCAGUGCUUCCCCCCGAGCCCUCACCCCCGCACUCAAUCAAAAUCCGUCACCAUUCAACAACUCAUACAAUUCCGCGUUCGUAAACCCAAAUAUGCAUAAUCAAAACCCCAAUCUUAUGAACCCCAACUUGAGCAACCCGGCUUUGCUAGACAUGGCGACCAUGAUCGACAACUUCACAGACGCUCAACUUCAAAGCAACCAGAUAUCGAGCACGGUUCUCGAUUCACCUUAUAAUCCGUACGAUCAAAGCUACAAUAUACACCAUCAAAAUGCCUUAUACAAUCAAAAUCAAAUGGCAGUUGAUGGUAAUUGUCAAAAUGUUAACCCAAAUCAACUUCCGAGCUUCUCAUCUGGUUUGCAAAAAAGAAAUCAACACUUUAAUACAGGUCAAAUGGACAAUCCAAAUCAGAACCAAUGGCCAGAUUUCACUAAUGGUGAAAUGUUUAAUAACGUAGUUAAAGAAGAUCCUGAUUCAACUACGGCACAUUUAAAUGUCCCACCUAAUUAUAGUCCGGAUUCUAACAGAAGUGAGCCUAACUCACUUACACCUAACUCCGAACAAGUACAGCAGAAAAACACGACAGAAGCUGAUAAACAUAACUUAAUACCAAAUGAUAUGAAUAAAUUACCUGAAUUCGAUAUGCCUAAUUCACCACGAUUGACGGAGAUAUCACAAAAUGCACAGGGCACACCUGAGUCACCAGCACCAUCGCAAAUACCAGAAUUGAAGUCGCCAAAUAAUGAUAUCAUGAAUCCCACAGAAGUUCGAAAAAGUGUCUGGAAGUCACCUGAUGCGAAAAACUGGGAUCCAUCUAAACCUAAAGAACAAGCAGCUAAUGAUAAUGAAAAUUCGCUUUUUAGGGUACCCAAAGCUAGACCACCAUCCAGAUCUCAACAUGUGAACCCGCCAGAAGGUGGAACAGAAAAUUCAACUUUUUUAAAACCAUAUCCACCGUCAGAUCGCCCACACCUCAAUCAUGGCUAUGAACAUAGAAGUCCGUACGACAGUAGAUUAGCAAAUAGCACAGCACCACAAACAUCUACUCCUCAAACCAACUACACGAUAAACCAUGAUGAAGUUAACCAAAAUAUGGCUCUCACUAACAAAGCAGCUCACGAAUUCCCUGGAAACAAUUUUCAACCAGUCAACCAAAACACUUAUAAUAAUCAAACACCUAUUCAAGGAUAUAGUAAUUAUCCCCAAAUGCCCAAUGCGUAUCCAUUUCCACCGAAUCCUUAUGGUCAUUAUAAUCCCUAUGAGGGAACUUAUAAUGAUUACAAUAGUCUGGCAUAUUAUAAUGCUGAAAAAUACAAAAGAGAAGAGCUGUUGAGAAAUCCACAUUGCUAUAAUUCCUACGGUUAUCAGUACAAUCCUAAUUUUAGUCCAAAUUUCUACCAAAAUCCAAGUCCAAAUUGGUGUCAAUCCUCACCUAACUGGUGCUUAUACCCACCGGCCUUCUCUAUACCGUACCCACCUGAGCCGCCUAAAGCGGAACCUAUAGGAGAAGUCGCAGAUGUAACAGAAAAUCUAGAAUGUUUCAAAGAUAGCCAGAUGGGAGGUGUAGCAAUAGCAUUAGGUCACGGAAGCGUACUAUUCGAAUGCGCCAAACACGAAAUGCAUUCAACGACAGCAGUAAAGACUCCGAAUAGAAUGAAUCCAACGAGAAUUUCCUUAGUCUUCUAUCAGCAUAGAAAUUUAAAUCGACCGAAACACGGGCUCGAGGAAUGGGAAGAAAAGAUGCGAUUAAAAAAGCUGGGGUUGAACCCCUCAACUCCGAGUACGCCGGGCCCGCAUUCCAACUCUGUGUCCCCGGCGACCACUCCAGGGCCCGAUCCGAGACAAAACGCUGAGAAAUGGAAGAAUAACGAGAACGCGAUUCCUGGCGGUUACAGUACACUCGCGGCGCUGGUGGAAGCCACUAACGCUGCCAAGAAGAGCGGGCAGAUAAUGCUGCGCACGGACACGGCCACCACGAUGUCGUGGACGACGCUGUUCCCGAUGCACGGCUGCACGGUGACGGGCCCCUACCAGGAGGCGGCCACCUGACGCCGGCCCCGCGCGGCCCGCCACGCGCGCCAUCUUAUAUCCAACGAUGGAUGCAAGUCCCUUCCGUAGUUUUAAGGUCUAAGUUGCCUUUCGAUUCGUAGAUUCUAAUCGAUCGUCGAUUAGAGACAUGUGCUUUCCAAAAUAUUUUGUAGUUCCUGGAUUUAUAGAUUUAAAAUUAAGGUUCGAUCGAGGUCCGAUGUGCUAUGAAAUUCCAGCGAGAUUCCUUUUUAAGCAUUUAUAUUGGAAUUGAAUACCGUUUUAACGUAGUAUUUUUUAAACUAUACCGAGUGAUUUUUUAAUCAAAGAUGUAACUUUAAGUUUAAUAGUGUUUAUCGCAUUUCAGCUAGUCUUACGUUACUAUUUUAGUAUCGAUUGUGUAAUGUCGAAUGACCGUAAUUGUGUAGAAUUUUUUGUAUAUUCUUGUCGUAUUUUUAGUUUUUACCGUUGACUCAAUUGCGUUUUGGGAAUUUAGUUUAAUUUUUUUACAUAUCUACUGUAAUGUAAAAAAAUAGUGAAGUUAGCAUGUUUUGUCUGCAUAUUUUGUCGAUGUUUUCUAAUUAAGCGCAUAAUAUAAAGGUAUGCGACUCAUUGAUCUCAUAACUACUAACCCUACAUUCAACCGAAUCAGAACAAAAGUACAAAACAUCACUUCAAAAGGUUGUGGGCCGAGGAGCGGCGGACACAUUCGGCAUCGUGUUUAUUGAUAUUUUUGUACCUUUGUCUGUAUUAGUUGUUUUAUUUAUAAUAAUAAUUACCAUUCCUCAAGUUUCGAUAUUGUUUUGGCAUAAUAUGUUAUAAUUUGGUCGCAUCGCCGGCGCGACGUAUAUUUUUACUACAAGCGAGUGCUUUUCUAUUAGGUUAAGAUGUGUGUAUUUUUAACUUUUUAGAAUAUUUAACUUAUUUAUAUUGUAUUACGUGAAUCAUUUUCUUUGUAAUAAUUUAGUGUUAUGGUAGACAUUAAUAUUUAAUAUAUUUGCUUUACGACUCAACAUUAAAUUAUUGCAGUGGUUUUAAGCAUGUUUCAAGGAGCCUUCUUUACUCUCAACUCGAGUGCCUGUAUGUUCGGCUAUAAAGAGAACUUGAACUCCUUCCUUGAUAUUAUUGAGUGAAUCUUAUUUCUAAAUUGCUACCCAAAUUGUGACCUUAUUCUUUUAUUAAUUGAAAUCAUUUUUGCUAAGCGCGACGAUAAAACUUUAUAAAUUAGAUACAUACAAUAAAAGAUGAAUAAUAAAUGAAAUACAAUAUAAGAAUAGAAUAAAAUAUGUGCAGAAAAAAGCAUUUUUCAGGCGCUUGGAAAGAAUAUAAAGUAGGCAUAUUAUUGAAAAUGAUUGAAAACAUACUGAUGAAUAGUUAUUAAUAUAUAAUUAGGGUAAGAAAAGUUUGUUUUAAAGAUUAAACUAUUGAUAUAGUUUAUAUUUUUUACGUGUACGUAUUUAUUGAAUGGUAAAUUUAUUGGGAACGUGAAAUUAUUUAUAAGUGAAAGUUUUGAGAGCAAAACUUAUAAAACUAAGCAAUAAUAGACAUCGGGGUCUAUGUAUAUUGUAAGUUAGGAGUGAAAAAUAUUAUAUCGAAUGGUGCGUACAUGGCGACCUUUGGCCCCGCUUCGGUAGGCUCUUGAUGAAAUUCGCCUAAAUCGGAUAUUGUUUUUGUACAUUGGUAAAAUGCCCUUUUACUUGCCAUUACUAGUUGCCAAUUUUCAUGUGGACUCAUUGUGUGACUAGACAUAUCAAGUGCAGUUUAUUGUGUCGAUUUUAAGGAGGUUAGUUCCAGUCUGCUAGGAAUUAGUUGCACGUUGAUUCGGUAAAAGUUAACACUGAAUUUAGUGAUCUAAUGAUUGUGAUAGUUCAAUUAUUAUCUUUGAAGACUACGGUUCCGCAGAAACGUUUAAAUAUUUUGAAAAAAAAAAGCAUUAAUUUGAUAUUUUUCGAACAGUAUUGUUUAAAA